AUGCGCCCAAAUACCAUCACCCUGGCUCUUUGCAGCCUCGCAGCUUUAUCAGCAGCAGCCCCCGUCGAACGCCGCUCAAACAACAACAACGUCAACGAUGAAUUCCAAAGUAUCGAUGGCUUCCCAGCGCCAAACAAUCAACAAAUUCUCAACAUAGAGCAAAGAGCUCACGGUACCUUGUCGAAUGGUACACCUCCAGCAUCUGUUGACCCCGACACAAUCAUCAGUCUUCAAGUUAUUGCUGCUGAGGAGCAGUUUGAGGCUGCCUUUUUCCAACAGCUGUUGACAAACAUUACCAAUAAUGAGCCUGGAUUUGUGAUUAAAAAUUCAAAUGCAAGGACUUUGGGACUUAAUGCGUUGAGUGCUAUAGUCGCUCAAGAGGAACUCCACGCCCUCAACGCCAUUAACGCCCUCAAACACUUCAACCAAACCCCCGUGGAACCAUGUCUCUAUGACUUCCCCGUCUCCACGCUCGAUGAAGCCGUCACGUUAGCUACAACAUUCACCUCCGUCGUGCUCGGCACCCUACAAAACGUCGUCCUUAACAUGGGACUCCACGGCGACGCCGCCCUAACACAGGGUAUCUCUUCUGUUAUCGGUCAGGAGGGCGAACAACAGGGCUUUUUCCGGGUGCUUGAACGUAAAAUACCUAGCGAGUUGCCAUUUUUAACAAACUCGGUUCGCGAUUUUGCAUUUAAUGCGCUCAAUCAGAAUUUCAUUGUCCCAGGCUCGUGUCCGAAUGCGGAUCAGAUAGAUGCUUUUAAAAAGUUGCAUGUUAUGCAGCCGUUGGCAGUCACCAGCUCGUUUGAUCCGGACACCAGCACCGAUGAAGUCGUUGAAUUGAGCUUCUCGUUGCCCAACGGAGCGCAAGCGACAGACUAUGAGGUUGCGUACAUCAAUCAGCAGAACGUGCCGUUUGUGUUGCCUUUUACCGUGUUGAGUCAACAGGGGCAGACUGUCUCUGUGCGAGCGCCGUUUCCGUUUACGGAGCACUUGUUGAAUGGGCUUACUAUACUUGCUAUCGUUCCUACAUCAGCUGCUGGGGGCUUCACCUCUAACCAGGCUGUAGCUAACGCUACACUGGCGGGUCCUGGGKUGGUUAUUGUUAAUUAA